AUGACAUCAAACUCCCUAAUCACCGUGAUAAAUGAUUUAGAAUAUCAUCAAUUUGAUGUAUCUAGCCAAGAUGAAUUCAAUCAAAUAUCUUCAUUAAUAAGUGAACAUUUAUCAGAACCAUAUUCAAUUUAUGUAUAUUGGUAUUUUUUAAAUACUUGGCCUCAAUAUUGUAUUAUUGUCCGAGAAAAAGAUCAUAGUACUAUUAUUGGAGUUAUAAUAUCAAAAGUUGAACCUCAUAGAAAUGUUAGAAUGAGAGGAUAUAUUGGUAUGGUUGUAAUUGAACCAAAAUUUCGAAAAUUAGGAAUUGGGAAAAGUUUAGUUAAAUUAACCAUUCAAAAAAUGAUUGAGGUGGAUAAUGUUGAUGAAAUUAUGUUAGAAACUGAAGUUAUAAAUGAUAAAGCAAUUAAUUUAUAUCAAAAUUUAGGAUUUUUAAAAGUUAAACGAUUAUAUCGAUAUUAUUUAAAUACUCAUGAUGCUUUUAGAUUAAUCUUACCUAUUGAAGAGAAAGCUACUACAAGAAUUGCAUUUUUACCUCCUAUUGAACAAGCUUAA